UCGCAAUAAGAGAACGAACGCCAGCCGCGGGGAGUAUGUGAGAUGUGAUCCAGGUCGACAUCUGAUUUUAGGCUUUUACAAACUGCUUGUAACGACUACUGUAGAAUUCCAACAAAGCAGAAAGGACGAAGGAGUACGCUCCCUUUCGGUAGGGCGACUUUUAUUGUGAAACUCCAAAAAGGAAGUGUGUACUUUCUUCUCCCGCCUAUUGAAAUAUUUUAAUGGUGACAUCUAAGCGGCUUCUCCAAGUGUUUACGGUACACUUCCCCCCCGCCAUGACGCAUUGAAGACCCAGCACAAACAUGUCCUCGUCCCCGUCCUUGUUGCCGUGUCAUGUCCUCCAUUAAGCGGACGGUACCAUGUCGCCCCUGCCGCGGGGGGGGAGUGAAGUGAUGUGAUGGUUGCGCGCGCAUCUACUCCGGCCCCGCCCCUUGUCGCCCUCGGCGGGGCAGUGCACCAAUGGCGGGCCGGGAGAGGACGACGAAGGAGAGAAGAAGGAAGAGGAGGUGUCCGCUUGUCCCACAGCAGUCUUCUCCGACCCGUCUGUCCGCCAUAGAGCGAGGCUAGCCAGGCUUCACCACCACUUACCCGGCUUGGCAGCUUCCACGGAGGUCGGACUCCUCCCCCGCCUGACGGUGCAUGGUGCGGACCGACAGCACUAGGAGAAGGCCGAGGCCGACAUUUUUGUUUUUAACUAACCCGGGGACUGGAGACUUGACGCCGGGAGGGGACACCCGUGGACACGGAGAGUGAAACGCACCGGAACUGACUUGUGACCACGACCUGAGCCCCGCCCCCCUCCAGGCCUCGGGCAUGCCUCAGCCGGGUAUGAAUGGGAUGGAGCCUGCUUUUGGCGAGGCCUACGGGGGCGACCGGGCUCUGCUGAGCCCCUACCCUCUGGCCAUGUCACCACAAGGGGGCAGGACUGAGCACGACCAGACUGUGCUGCUCAUGCUGGGCUCCCCGGCGUCGCCACGGAAACGGCCCUUUGAGUUGCUCAGCGACCUGGUGGACGACGGCGGCCUGGGCGAGGACCUGCACCCGGAGCGCUGGGACGUGUCGGCGCUGGACGAGAUGGCGCGCUACACCAAGCUGGGCCUCGGCGUCGGCGGGGAGCUGCUGGCCACCUCGGAGGAGGCCGUCCUCAUGGGCCGCUGGGGGAGGAGCCGGGAGGAGGAGAAGCACGCGCCGACCGCACGUGCCACGCCACCCGCCGCCGCGCAGGAAGCACAGGCCGCCGGAGCGGCGGAAGGGCCCUGCGGUGUUGCCACGGUAACAAAGAGGGAGGCGUCAGUCGCGGGACAAGCGUCAGGGGGAGGCCAAGGAGGCGGCGCCACAGUGGAGGUGUACCAGGUGACCCAGGAGGAGGCGGCGGCCUCAGGCCCGGUAAUAGAACACUGCAGCGAGGAGCACAACUACUCACUCAGCCAAGGGGUUCAAACGGAGGAGGCGCAGCAGGAGGUGGACGACGAGGGCAACGCCCAGCUGGACUUGGAUAACGAGGACCCGGAGGAAGAGGAUGAGGAAGAAGAGGACAGAGAGGACGGAGCGGAAGAAACGACGGCCGACCUCUCCAGCUCCUCGGAAACCGAGUGCGAGGUGGAGGCGGAAUCUGUGGAGCAGUCUGGGGAGCGUCCGUCGAAACGCCGCUGCUUCUGGGAGUACCGAUGUUCCCGGGAGUCGGCGGCCAAGAAGAGGCUGUGCGGCGACGUGCACUGGUCGUUAUCUUGGAGCUCCAGCACGCUGCCCAGCACGCUGUACCGCCGAGAAGGCAAGAAAGGCCGCCGCAAAGCCCGCAAGACGGACGCCAGCGACCUGACGCCGAACCCGCAGAAGCUCCACAACAUUGGUGAGCAGCUACAGAAGCUGAACGCCGCCAUCGACCGCAUGGGCCCCGUCAACGACCUGCCCGCCGUGGCCCGGGCGCGUUCUCGCAAGGAGAAGAACAAACUGGCGUCCAGGGCCUGCAGGCUGAAGAAGAAGGCGCAGCAUGAGGCCAACAAGAUCAAACUCUGGGGGCUCAACCAGGAAUAUGAGAACCUGCUGGGGGCGCUGCUGCGUAUCAAGGAGGUGAUUCGGCAGAAGGUGGAGAGCAGCGAGGAAGAGGACGCGGACGAGCGAGGCAUGACCCAGCGUCUGGAGGACAUCCUCGGCGAGUCCAGCGCGCCUUUAGUGGCCGGGCGCACCAAAGACUUCGUGCAGAGGAUUUUGGCGGCCAGCGCGGGGGGGCAGAGCCAAGGCAAGAAGCCCCCGCCGAUGGGGGACCAGGCGGCGGGCUAAACCCCGCCCCCCCCUCGCCUCGCCUCCGCCUGUGCCACGAGACCCUCCUCCUCGUCCUCCCACUCGAGGAGGGGCGGUUAACCACGUGAGGGUGCUGCUGCUGCUGCUGCUGCUGCUGCCGCCGUGCUGGAUGUCCUGCCUGCGUGCGUGCGUGCGUGUGUGUGUGUGUGCGUGUACGCCGCUCUUGUAAAAUACUGUACUGACUCCCCCCGCCCCCGCCCGCCCUCGCCGUGUGCUGUACUCGUAGCCCAUCGUGCCUAUAAAUAGACAUUGCACUGUUUUUUGUAGACGCCCGUAGUCGUCAGCGGGGAGGGGCGCCAGUGAGCCAGGGGGGCGUCUAAUAAGGAGAGUUACUCCCCUCCCCUCCCACACCUUCCUCCUCGCCAUCAUCACCGCCCACCUUUAGAACGCUGCACCUUAUUCCCAAACGACCAAAGAGAACACCAAAACUUAUCACAUGCUGCCAACCUUUUUGAAACGUGCGAGAAGACGCCAACGUCACCAGCAUGCACCAACCCACCUUCCGGCUGAGCACUCCCCCCUCCCCCCGCCCCCCUCCCGCACUUGAUGAUGUAGCGCGCCUCCCUCCCCGGCAGCCCAAAGUAAAGACGCGUGUAGAUGUAGAGAGCAAAUACUUUGAUCUGGUUGUGCCCACGAGGUGGACCGGUCUGCCUUUCUUCUGUGAAGCUUAGACCGACCUUGUCCACGGUCUCUAAAUGUUGUCGGACAUGAAGCGGAAAUAGUUCAAGGACCCUUUUUUUUUUUGGUUUUUCGAAUUGCACUGUGGUUUCGAAAGGACUGCGCACCUUGCUGAGAGGACUCCCGGUCCUCCUUAAAAAAAACAACAAAAAGACUUUUAGCACCUUUUUAUUAUUUUUUUUUUUAGGUCAAAAAACUGCUGACUGGUUUUUGUUUGCCUGACGCCAACACAAUUAUUGUCAACCAAAAUGAAAAUAGGUCAGCCCAGAUUUCCAGGUAUCAAACCCAGAACCUUCUUAAUGCGUGUCAACCACUGACCGACAAAUACGCAAAUGUCUCAAUUGGUGCACUUGGUCCAAGUAGCCACAGUUUCAAACCCGGAACCUUUUUAAUGCGUGUCAAUCACUGGCCACACUAAGUCGCAAAUGUCUAAAUUGGUGCACUUUGUCCAAGUACCAACGGAAUCAAACCCGGAACCUUCCUAAAGUGUGUCAACUACUGACCUGCGAAGCUACAAAUGUCUCAGUCGGUGCACUUGGUCCAAGUAUCCACAGAAUCAAACCCGGACCCUUUUUAAUGCGGGUCAACCACUGGCCCCACUAAGUCGCAAAUGUCUAAAUUGGUGGACGUGGUCCAAGUAGCCACAGAAUCCAACAUAGAACCUUCUUUAUGCGUGUCAACUACUGACUCACAAACCGCAAAUGUCUGAAUUGGUGCACUUGGUCCAAGUAGCCACGGAAUCGAACCUGGACCCUUUUUAAUGCGUGUCAAUCACUGGCCUCACUAAGCUGCAAAUGUCUAAAUUAGUGCACUUUAUCCAAGUAUCCACGGAAUCAAACCCAGAACCUUCUUAAUGCGUGUCAACUACUGACCCACGAAGCCGCAAAUGUCUCAAUUGGUGCACUUGGUCCAAGAAGCCACGGAAUCGAACCCAGAACUUUCUUAAUGCGUGUCAAUUACUAACCCACGAAGCCGCAAAUGUCUAAAUUGGUGCACGUGAUCCAAGUAUCCACAGAAUCGAACCCAGAACCUUCUUUAUGCAUGUCAACUACUGACUCACGAAGCUGCAAAUGUCUGAAUUGGUGCACUUGGUCCAAGUAGCCACGGAAUCGAACCCGGAACCUUCUUAAUGGGUGUCAACCACUGACCCACGAAGCCGCAAAUGUCUCAAUUGGUGCACGUGGUCCAAGUAGCCACGGAAUCGAACCCGGAACUUUCUUAAUGCGUGUCAAUUACUAACCCACGAAGCCGCAAAUGUCUAAAUUGGUGCACGUGAUCCAAGUAGCCACAGAAUUGAACCCAGAACCUUCUUUAUGCAUGUCAACUACUGACUCACGAAGCUGCAAAUGUCUGAAUUGGUGCACUUGGUCCAAGUAGCCACGGAAUCGAACCCGGAACCUUCUUAAUGGGUGUCAAUCACUGGCCUCACUAAGCCGCAAAUGUCUAAAUUGGAGCACUUUGUCCAAGUAGCCACGGAAUCGAACCCAGAACCUUCUUAAUGCGUGUCAACCACUGACCCACGAAGCCGCAAAUGUCUCAAUUGGUGCACGUGGUCCAAGUAGCCACGGAAUCGAACCCGGAACCUUCUUAAUGUGUGUCAACCACUGACCCACGAAGCCGCAAAUGUCUCAAUUGGUGCACGUGGUCCAAGUAGCCACGGAAUCGAACCCGGAACCUUCUUAAUGUGUGUCAACCACUGAUCCACGAAGCCGCAAAUGUCUAAAAUGGUGCACGUGGUCCAAGUAGCCACAGAAUCUAACCCAGAACCUUCUUUAUGCGUGUCAACUACUGACUCACAAACCACAAAUGUCUCAAUUGGUGCACUUGGUCCAAGUAUCCACGGAAUCGAACCCGGACCCUUUUUAAUGCGUGUCAAUCACUGGCCUCACUAAGCCGCAAAUGUCUAAAUUGGAGCACUUUGUCCAAGUAGCCACGGAAUCGAACCCAGAACCUUCUUAAUGCGUGUCAAUUACUAACCCACGAAGCCGCAAAUGUCUGAAUUGGUGCACGUGGUCCAAGUAGCUACAGAAUCGAACCCGGACCCUUUUUAAUGCGUGUUAAUCACUGGCCCCACUAAGCUGUAAAUGUCUAAAUUGGUGCACUUUUUCCAAGUAGCCACGGAAUCGAACCCGGAACCUUCUUAAUGUGUGUCAACUACUGACCCACGAAGCCGCAAAUGUCUCAAUUGGUACACGUGGUCCAAGUAGCCACGGAAUCGAACCUGGACCCUUUUUAAUGCGUGUUAAUCACUGGCCCCACUAAGCUGUAAAUGUCUAAAUUGGUGCACUUUUUCCAAGUAGCCACGGAAUCGAACCCGGAACCUUCUUAAUGUGUGUCAACUACUGACCCACGAAGCCGCAAAUGUCUCAAUUGGUACACUUGGACCAAGUAGCCACGGAAUCAAACCCAGAACGUUCUUAAUGUGUCUCAACCACUGACCCACGAAGCCGCAUAUGUCUCAAUUGGUACACUUGGUCCAAGUAGCCACGGAAUCAAACCCGGAACCUUCUUAAUGCGUGUCAACUAAUGACCCACGAAGCUGCAAAUGUCUCAAUUGGUGCACGUGAUCCAAGUAGCCACGGAAUCGAACCCGGAACCUUCUUAAUGUGUGUCAACUACUGACCCACGAAGCCGCAAAUGUCUCAAUUGGUACACUUGGACCAAGUAGCCACGGAAUCAAACCCAGAACGUUCUUAAUGUGUCUCAACCACUGACCCACGAAGCCGCAUAUGUCUCAAUUGGUACACUUGGUCCAAGUAGCCACGGAAUCAAACCCGGAACCUUCUUAAUGCGUGUCAACUAAUGACCCACGAAGCUGCAAAUGUCUCAAUUGGUGCACGUGAUCCAAGUAGCCACGGAAUCGAACCCGGAACCUUCUUAAUGUGUGUCAACCACCGACCCACGAAGCCGCAAAUGUCUCAAUUGGUACACUUGGACCAAGUAGCCACGGAAUCGAACCCGGAACCUUCUUAAUGUGUGUCAACCACUGAUCCACAAAGCCGCAAAUGUCUUAAUUGGUGCACUUGGUCCAAGUAUCCACAGAAUCAAAACCGGAACCUUCUUAAUGCGGGUCAACCACUGGCCCCACUAAGUCGCAAAUGUCUCAAUUGGUGCACUUGGUCCAAGUAGCCACGGAAUCGAACCCGGAACCUUCCUAAUGCGUGUCAACUACUGGGCACUAAGCUGCAAAUGUCUCAAUUGGUGCACUUGGUCCAAGUAUCUACGGAAUCGAACCCGGACCCUUCUUAAAGGCCUACUGAAACUACUAGCGACCACGCAGUCUGAUAGUUUAUAUAUCAAUGAUGAAAUAUUAACAUUGCAACACAUGCUGAUACGGCCUUUUUAGUUUACUAAAUUACAAUUUUAAAGUUCCCGUGAAGUAUCCUGUUGAAACAUCGCGCUAUGAUGACACGUGUGUUUGACGUCACCGAUUGUAGAUGACAUUUUUUCCCAGCCCGAUCCAAACUAUAAGUCGCCUGCUUUCAUCGCAUAAUUCCACAGUAUUUUGCACAUCUGUGUUGCUGAAUCUUUUGCAAUUUGUUCAAUUAAUAAUGGAGACGUCAAAGAAGAAAGAUGUAGGUGGGAAGUGGUGUAUUGCAGCUGUGUCCUUGUUUACAUUCCCGAAAGAUGACGGUGAAGCUUUACUACGGAACAGAGCAGUCAAGCGAACAUGGCUCCCUACCACAUGUCAACCGGCAGGUUUCGGUGAGAAAAUGGUGGUAAUAAGUCGGCUCUUACCUUAGACGUGAGCGGAGAGCUUGCGUAGUUCCUCCUGCAGCUGCGGACUCUCUUGCCUCCUCCCACCAGCCGCCCCCGACCGUCGGAUGCUUCCACUGUGGAGGAGGGGGCGGAAAAUCUCAGCCUGGGCCGACCGGCUGUCUUCCCUCAGAGACACUGGCGGUCACCACACCCCUCCGACCAUAUAAUCUCACUAAAACACUAGUAACAUAAUAAGCACAUAAGAGAUUUUCCAAAAUUAUCCUAGUAAAUUCGUCUAAUAACAUCUGAAUCGCUCUGCCGUCUAGUUUUUAUUUAUUUUUUUCCUAGACCUUCACUCUAACUUUCCUCAUCCACAAAUCUUUUAUCCUCGCUCAAAUUAAUGGGGAAAUCGUCGCUUUCUCGGUCCGAAAGAAAAUGUUUGAUUAAUCGAUAGUGAUGGUGUUAGCACUAGCGUCCGUGCUAACAUUGUUUGCGGCGUUUGUGCACUUAUGCACUCUAAAGACUAAGUGUAAGUGCACACUUAUGCACUCUAAAGACUAAGUGUAAGUGCACACUUAUGCGCUCUAAAGACUAAGUGUAAGUGCACACUUAUGCACUCUAAAGACUAAGUGUAAGUGCACACUUUUGCACUCUAAAGACUAAGUGUAAGUGCACACUUUUGCACUCUAAAGACUAAGUGUAAGUGCACACUUAUGCGCUCUAAAGACUAAGUGUAAGUGCACACUUAUGCACUCUAAAGACUAAGUGUAAGUGCACACUUUUGCACUCUAAAGACUAAGUGUAAGUGCACACUUAUGCGCUCUAAAGACUAAGUGUAAGUGCACACUUAUGCGCUCUAAAGACUAAGUGUAAGUGCACACUUAUGCACUCUAAAGACUAAGUGUAAGUGCACACUUUUGCACUCUAAAGACUAAGUGUAAGUGCACACUUUUGCACUCUAAAGACUAAGUGUAAGUGCACACUUAUGCACUCUAAAUACGAAGUGUAAGUGCACACUUAUGCACUCUAAAGACGAAGUGUAAGUGCACACUUUAGCACUCUAAAGACAAAGUGUAAGUGCACACUUGCACUCUAAAGACGAAGUGUAAGUGCACACUUUUGCACUCUAAAGACUAAGUGUAAGGUCACACUUUUGCACUCUAAAGACUAAGUGUAAGUGCACACUUUUGCACUCUAAAGACUAAGUGUAAGUGCACACUUAUGCACUCUAAAGACGAAGUGUAAGUGCACACGUAUGCAUUCUAAAGACUAAGUGUAAGGUCACACUUUUGCACUCUAAAGACGAAGUGUAAGUGCACACUUCCGCACUAUAAAGACGAAGUGUAAGUGCACACUUCCGCACUCUAAAGACUAAGUGUAAGUGCACAUUUAUGCACUCUAAAGACUAAGUGUAAGUGCACACUUUUGCACUCUAAAGACUAAGUGUAAGUGCACACUUUUGCACUCUAAAGACUAAGUGUAAGUGCACACUUUUGCACUCUAAAGACUAAGUGUAAGUGCACACUUUUGCACUCUAAAGACGAAGUGUAAGUGCACACUUGUGCACUCUAAAGACGAAGUGUAAGUGCACACUCGUGCACUCUAAAGACGAAGUGUAAGUGCACACUCGUGCACUCUAAAGACGAAGUGUAAGUGCGCAUUUGUGCACUCUAAAGACGAAGUGUAGGUGCACACUUUUGCACUCUAAAGACUAAGUGUAAGGUCACACUUUUGCACUCUAAAGACUAAGUGUAAGUGCACACUUAUGCACUCUAAAGACGAAGUGUAGGUGCACACUUUUGCACUCUAAAGACUAAGUGUAAGGUCACACUUUUGCACUCUAAAGACUAAGUGUAAGGUCACACUUUUGCACUCUAAAGACUAAGUGUAAGGUCACACUUAUGCACUCUAAAGAAAAAGUGUAAGUGCACACUUAUGCACUCUAAGGACUAAGUGUAAGUACACACGUAUGCACUCUAAAGACCAAGUUUAAGUGCAAACUUAUAUACUAAAAGCACAGUGUAAAUGCAAAUGUAUACAGUCUUAAGACCAGGUCUAAGUACACACUUUUACACUGGAGGCAAAGUGUAAGUGCACACUUAUGCACUCUAAAUACUAGCCGUAAGUGCACUUAUGCACUCUAAAGACUACGUGUAAGUCCACACUUAUGCACUCUAAGUGUACGUGCACUCUAAAAACAACGUAUAAGUGCACACUUAGGCACUUACAACUAAGUGUAGAUGCACACUUAUAACCUCUGAAGACUAAGUGUAAGUAUACACUGAAGCACACUAAAGACUAAGUGCACACUUAUGCACUCAUAAGACUAAGUGUAAGUGAACACUUAUGCACACUAAAGACCGAAAGUGUAAGUGCACACUUACUCUCUUUUACGCACAUUUAUGCACACUUAAGACUAAGUAGGUGCACACUUAUACACCCUAAAGACUUGUUUAUGCAUUCUUAAGACUAAGUGCACACUUAUACACACUAAAGAUUAAGUGUAAGUGCACACUUAUACACACUAUAGACCAAGUGUAAGUGUGCACUUACUCACUUAUAAGACUAAGUGGAAGUGCACACUUAUACACACUAAAGACUAGUUUAUGCAUUCUUAAGACUAAGUAAGUGCACACUUAUACACACUAAAGAUUAAGUGGAAGUGCACACUUACGCAGUCUUAAGACUAAGUGUAAGUGAACACUUAUGUCCACUAACGACUAAGUGUGGGUGCACACUUACGCUCAAUUGAGACCAAGUAUAAGUGUACACUUAUACACACUAAAGACUAAGUGUAAGUGCACACUUAUGCCCACUUAAGACUAAGUGUAGGUGCACACUUAUGCUCAAUUGAGACCAAGUGUAAGUGCACACUUAUACACAUUAAAGACUAAGUGUAAGUGCACACUUAUACACACUAAAGACUAAGUGUAAGUGCAAACCUAUGCUCAAUUGAGACCAAGUGUAAGUGCACACUUAUACACACUAAAGACUAAGUGUAAGUGCACACCUAUGCUCAAUUGAGACCAAGUGUAAGUGCACACUUAUACACACUAAAGACUAAGUGUAAGUGCACUUAUACACACUAAAGACUAAGUGUAAGUGCACACUUAUGCUCAAUUGAGACCAAGUGUAAGUGCACACUUAUACACACUGAAGAGUAAGUGUAAGUGCACACUUAUACACACUGAAGAGUAAGUGUAAGUGCACACUUAUACACACUAAAGACUAAGUGUAAGUGCACACUUAUGCCCACUUAAGACUAAGUGUAAGUGCACACUUAUGCUCAAUUGAGACCAAGUGUAAGUGCACACUUAUACACACUAAAGAGUAAGUGUAAGUGCACACUUAUACACACUAAAGAGUAAGUGUAAGUGCACACUUAUACACACUAAAGACUAAGUGUAAGUGCACACUUAUGCUCAAUUGAGACCAAGUGUAAGUGCACACUUAUACACACUGAAGAGUAAGUGUAAGUGCACACUUAUACACACUGAAGAGUAAGUGUAAGUGCACACUUAUACACACUAAAGACUAAGUGUAAGUGCACACUUAUGCCCACUUAAGACUAAGUGUAAGUGCACACUUAUGCUCAAUUGAGACCAAGUGUAAGUGCACACUUAUACACACUAAAGACUAAGUGUAAGUGCACAUUAUACACACUAAAGACUAAGUGUAAGUGCACACGUGCAGCAAUGGAGACGCAGCCUAAGAGAUGUUUGCUAUAAAAAUGAUGAAUAUUGCUGACAAGAUGAUUAUGAAGCAUUUCUGGCAAAGUGUGUUUGGCCUUCAACAAAAACCAGUCAGCUUGUGUGAGGAUGAAAGAUGAACACAAAAUAUGGCGAAAGCGAAGAGACUCCAACAUUCCACAGGUGACGUGUACAGAACACCCCCACUCGUUUUUGUAAUCCCACUACUUUCCUUUGUAAUCCCACUACUUUCCUUUGGACCUGCUAACACUUAACUUAGACCCGGAACAACAACAAUUACAGAAGUGCCGUAAAAAUAGAAGCCUGAUAUUUUUGUGUGUGUGUGUGUGUGUGUUUAUUGUAAACCUGUAUAAUGUAUAUUUUAAUAUUUAUAUGCAGCUGUUGUAUUAAAAAUAUAUUUUUAAAAUGAAA